UUUUUUUUUUCAGAAUUCAAGAUGCCGCGAUUGGCAGUGGCUGUCUCACUGGCGGCAAUUGUUGCUGGUCAUCACUGCAUCCACGACGAAGUUGCAGGCGCAGUGUCCGAGUCCGCGUGGUCGCAAAGCUACGGCUUGCAGUCGAUCGAUCUGGACGCUUCGGCGUCCGUCACGUCUCGUUCGAUUCGACACCUGGAAACCUCCACCAGUACCACAUCCGGGUCCCCGCUUCGGGUCGUGCCCUACUUCGACAACGUCACUUUGGGUGCCCUCCUGUCUGACAAGCGCUCGCUCGUGGUCGACUACUUGGUACCCGCCGCGGUCUCGUUCUGGUCCCAAGCACUUCGUGUGAUCCCCGUCCAAGGCAGCUUAUUUGCAGCCCCCCCUUGCACAUCUGCAUGGAAUACCGUGCCGUCCACGUGCGCCAACCUCGCUCCGUCCUCGUAUUGCUUUGAAAUGCCUUACCCCCCAGAGCACUACAGCCCCCUUCGAGUGUGCUCGACAUGUCUGAGCGCGGGCUGCGCCACGGGCAACUGCACCGUUGUCCGGCCCAACAACACGGGGAUUCCAAAUGCGGACAUGGUCAUGUACAUCCGUGCAAUGACAACCAGUCGGUGCACGGACAACACCUUGGCGUACGCCAUCACGUGCCAGCGAGACCAAUUCGACCGCCCCACCUUUGGCAUGAUCAACUUCUGCCCCGACUAUUUGGACACGUCCACCCUCGAAGGUCCCUCGUACGACAUCCAAGUCACCACGGCCCUCCACGAGUUCGCCCAUGCCCUCGGGUUCUCAUCUGCGUCGUUUCCCCUCAUGCGGAAUCGCGAUGGUACCCCGCGCACCACUCGCCAAGGGGGAAGUCGCACUGGCCGCGCGGUGGCGUCUACCGGCACCUGCGCCAAUGGAACCUCCAUCACUAGUACGGGACUACCGUCGAACGCAACAGUUGUGUACCAAAACGUGCGGGGCCACGCAGUCACGUACAUGGCGACCCCCACGGUGGUGGCGUUUGCCACAAGCCACUUCAAUUGCUCGAGUGUCGUGGGUGCGGAAAUUGAAAACAACGACGGGUCGUGUAUGGGGUCGCAUUGGGAAGAGCGACUGUUUGGUCCGGAACUCAUGACCCCUGUUGUAAACUACCGGAACCCCACGUCAGCGUUGACCCUGGCGUAUUUCGAAGACACGGGGUGGUACCAGGCCAACUUUAGCGUGGCAGAGCCGCUGCUUUGGGGCAACAAUAAGGGUUGUGCCUUUUCAAGCGACAACUGCGUGGGACCCACCACCACCACCAGCGGCAACCUGAAGCCUGUCGAUGUCGCGACGUACUGCGCAGCGGACGGCGAAGCGUGCUCCCCCGACGGCCUCUCCCGGUCGUGGUGCUCCCUCAAGACAGAUUACGCAGCGGACGACAUUCCACCGUGGUUUCAGUACUUUGCAUCGCCUACCACUGGAGGGUACAGUGAAUUUGGAGACUAUUGUCCCGUACAACAAGCGUACAGCCAAGGCGACUGUUUGAAUGCGUCGAAUUUGGCGCUCAUCCCCAACACGAAUCUCACGCCUAUGGGAGAAAUGUACGGCAACGACACUAGUCGCUGCACGCUGUCGUCGCUCCGGUUAGCCAACAUGUUUGGCUACGAGUACCGCACUCGAGCGGCAGGAUGUUACCCCAUGACAUGCCAUGGACAGACGGUCCAAGUGAGCGUGAAGGCUGCCGACAACGGAGUUGUGACGGUACAAUGCAAGUACAAGGGUCAAGUCGUGACCGUCGCCGGCUUUACUGGAACCCUGACGUGCCCCGACCCGUUUGUCGUGUGCCAAUUGGCUCAAUGCACCACUCCUUGUGGACCUCGAGCCAUGUGCGUCAAUGGUCAAUGCACGCCCGUGGUGGCUCCUGCGACAACGACAUCAACGCCAACUGUGGUCAACAACACAGUCGUGCCGUCGAUACCCCCCGUCGUCACAACGUACUCUCCUACGAUGACAACGACGACGACCCCCACCACCUCGACACCCACGGUUGGCUCAUCUGGAGGAACAUCAACGACACCCAAACCUACGCCACCGUCGGCCUACUCGACCGUAUCACCAUCCACGACACCCAAACCUACGCCACCGUCGGUCAACUCGACCACAUCACCAUCCACGACUCCCAAACCUACGUCACCGUCGGCCAACUCGACCACAUCACCAGGACCGUCAGCUUCAGCGAAUGACACGACUAUCACAGCGAGUCCCACCACGACCACAGUCCCCAAGACGUCACACUCGGCGGUGGGCUCUGUAGUUGUGACCGCACUGGUGUGGAUCACAUCAUUUUGGAUAUCUUAUGGUUAA